AAACCUUUGGAAUUUGUAGCAGUAAAUACACAUAGAUUUUAUUCCUGUUCUGCUUUGUGUUUUCAGAUGAAGAAUGGGAAACAUGAGAGAGUUCCUCUGGAGGUCUUCCUCAUGCAAAAAGCUGCAGGAGGAAAUCAUUCUGGUGGUAGCACUGCUGCCAUUUCCCUCCUGGACUGGCAGGUGAAAGGGGAUGAGCUCAUCCUGAUUCUGGAGAGACCAUUUCCUUGUUCUGACCUCUUCGACUAUAUCGAAAGGAAAGGAGGUUUUCUGGAGGAGAAAGAGGCCAAGAACAUCAUGCAUCAGCUGGUCAAGGCAGCCGUGGAGCUCCAUAGGAACGGUGUCUUUCAUCGGGACAUUAAAGAUGAAAAUGUUCUGCUUGACUGGAGCGACGGUGAACUGCAAGCUCGCUUCAUUGAUUUUGGCUGUGGAACCCGAGCGAUGGAGGGGCACUACGAUCGUUUCAAAGGUACACGUGAUUACGCCCCUCCAGAGUACAUCCAGCUCAAGAGAUACAGGGCGUCUCCAACCACCGUCUGGCAGCUGGGUGUACUUAUGUACGGCCUCCUGGAGGGAAAUGAGCCAUUUGCCACCAAAAGGUUCCUUCGCAAAAGGCUCAACAUGGAUUUAAAUGUAUCCAAAAACUGCCAGGAUUUCUUGGACAAGUGCCUUUGUCAACGUCCAAGCAAGCGAGCUAACUUGGAGCAGCUGAUGCUUCACCCCUGGCUCCAGUGACACACUCUGCAG